UGAUAACUCCCCGAAACCCCCCGGCUGUUAGUGCGGAGUGAGUGCGUGUGUGCUCCGGAGCUAGCCUCGGCACACAUUCUAUAAAAAAUAAAAAUCCAAAAAAAACUUAAAAACCUUAAAAACUCUUAAAAAAUUAUUUUUUUUUGUAAUAAGAAAGAAAAUCGGUGAAGCAGUAGGUACAUCACGAAGGAAAAAGUUAGAACUCGGAACUGACGCGUUUAGCCUAGCUUAGCUGACUGAAAAGGCCCCGCUUUAAUCGCAACUAAACAGGAAUUUUGAAACAAAACCAUAUUUUAAAACAUAAACGUUGAAGAAUUUGAACUUAUUUCCAAAUUUUAAACAUUUUAAAGUCGAAACUUUUUAAAGUCGAAAUUUAUAUUUUCUCAAUUCUCGGCUAAGCUAACUAACUAAAACUCGUCGAAAAGAGGUCGCGUGCGCGUCGUUUCAAGCUAACCAUCAGUUACGUCACUUAACUCGCGCCAGACGCAGAUUUAAACUCGAGGGAACAGGAUGAACCCCAGCGCUCCCAGUUACCCCAUGGCCUCCCUGUAUGUCGGAGAUCUUCACCAGGAUGUGACCGAGGCCAUGCUGUAUGAGAAGUUCAGUCCGGCCGGCGCCAUUCUAUCCAUUCGUGUGUGCAGGGACAUGAUCACGCGCCGCUCGCUUGGAUACGCCUACGUAAACUUCCAGCAACCCGCAGACGCUGAGCGUGCUCUCGACACGAUGAACUUUGACGUGAUCAAAGGCAGACCAGUGCGCAUCAUGUGGUCCCAGCGUGACCCAUCACUGAGAAAAAGUGGAGUUGGUAACAUUUUUAUAAAGAACUUGGACAAGUCGAUCGAUAACAAGGCUCUGUACGACACCUUCUCUGCGUUUGGCAACAUCCUGUCGUGCAAGGUGGUUUGUGAUGAAAACGGCUCAAAGGGGUACGGUUUUGUGCACUUUGAGACCCAGGAGGCGGCCGAAAGAGCCAUCGAGAAAAUGAACGGCAUGUUGCUGAACGACAGAAAAGUGUUUGUGGGUCGCUUCAAAUCUCGCAAAGAGCGCGAGGCUGAGCUCGGAGCCCGAGCCAAGGAGUUCACAAACGUUUAUAUCAAGAACUUUGGAGAAGACAUGAGUGAUGACAAACUGAAAGACGUCUUCAGCAAAUACGGGACUGCCAUGAGUAUCCGUGUCAUGACUGAUGACGGCGGAAAAUCCAGAGGCUUUGGCUUUGUAAGCUUCGAAAGGCAUGAGGACGCUCAAAAGGCUGUGGAUGAGAUGAAUGGGAAGGAGUUGAAUGGCAAGCUGAUCUACGUAGGCCGUGCUCAGAAGAAAGUGGAACGUCAGACCGAGCUCAAGCGCAAGUUUGAACAGAUGAAACAGGACCGGAUGACACGCUACCAAGGCGUCAAUCUGUACGUGAAAAACCUGGAUGACGGCAUUGACGACGAGCGCCUGCGCAAGGAGUUUUCUCCCUUUGGAACCAUCACGAGUGCUAAGGUCAUGAUGGACGGAGGACGCAGCAAAGGUUUUGGCUUUGUCUGCUUCUCCUCCCCUGAGGAGGCCACUAAAGCUGUGACCGAGAUGAAUGGUCGUAUAGUAGCCACCAAACCGCUGUACGUGGCGCUGGCUCAGCGCAAAGAGGAACGCCAAGCACAUCUGACCAAUCAGUACAUGCAGAGAAUGGCCAGCGUUCACACUGUACCAAAUACCGUGCUGAACCCAUACCAGCCCACGCCGCCGUCUGGAUAUUUUAUGGCUGCCAUUCCUCAGGCCCAAAACAGAGCUGCGUAUUACCCCACAAGCCAGCUUGCGCAACUUCGACCCAGUCCUCGCUGGACUGCACAGGGUGUCCGACCUCAGCAUUUCCAGAACAUGCAGGCCACCAUGAGGCCCUCAGCUCCAAGGCCACAGGGCUUCAACGCUAUGAGACCUGCUUCUCAGGUUCCCCGUGUGAUGUCUGCUCAGCGUGUUGCUGCGCAGACGGUGGGUCCGAGGCCUGCAACGGCUGCAGGUGCGGCAACUGUGCCCCCGGUGCGCACCAUCCCACAGUACAAAUACACGGCUAGCGUGCGCAACCCUCAGCAGCACAUUAACACACAGCCUCAGGUCUCCAUGCAGCAGCCUGCAGUGCAUGUGCAGGGUCAGGAGCCUCUGACGGCAUCUAUGCUGGCUGCAGCUCCUCCUCAGGAGCAGAAGCAGAUGCUGGGUGAGCGUCUCUUCCCUCUGAUCCAGAACAUGCACUCCAACCUGGCAGGAAAGAUAACGGGUAUGCUGCUAGAGAUCGACAAUUCUGAGCUGCUGCACAUGCUUGAGUCUCCUGAGUCUCUGCGCUCCAAGGUUGAGGAGGCUGUCGCUGUGCUUCAGGCUCACCAGGCUAAAGAAGCCGCUCAGCAGAAAAAUGUGACCAACUCCACUGGCGUGCCAAGCGUCUAAGCCGAGAAAUGAUCUUUCAAACUUGCUUCACCAAAGGGGGAUAAAAACCAUAAACAUCGCAAAACUAUGGAAAACACUGCAAAAAGAUGAAAAAUUGAUAAAGAAAAAAAAAAAUGCAACUAAUCUCUGCCAGACCUAGAGAAGAUGAAGCUAGGUCUAGUCAAUUAUCUUUAAAAAAAUAAAAAUAAAAUCUGAUAAAAAGCGAAAAAUUAUGAAAAAUUAAAAAGUGGAGAAUUGUGAGUUUUAAAGUGAAAUUCCCUAAAGUUAUAAUAGAGGGGGGAAAAUAGGCCCAAUAGCAUUCCUUCUUAUAUUUCUUUUAUUCCUAGUCUGUGUGUCUGUUUCUGGGUGUGAAGGAGAAUUGAGAACCGCACAGGCAAUGUGAACAAUUCUCCGGGACUGAAUGUGCUUGCUCAAAUAAAGUUUGAGAAAUUAACAAGU